AUGGAAAAUGUGGAGGAGAAAAGGAUGGAACUUCUCGAUGAAUUGAUGAUAGACAUAUUGAAGCGAUUGCCAGCAAAAUCGUUGAUAAGAUUAAAAUGUGUAUCCAAAAGUUUGUACUCAUUGAUAAAUAACCCGGAUUUCAUCUUUAUCCAUUACAAUUAUGAUUCUUUCUCUAAUCAAUUCAUAUUUCUCAAGCGCUACAUCGAAAUUGAGGAAAGCACCAGCGAGUACUCCAUUUAUUAUAAUGGUAAAAAUAUGUUAGCAUUGCAUUCAAAUGAUGAAUCAUUUAAAUGUAUAGCAGAAAAUAUAGAAUAUGAGGAUAAUUAUAUAGGUGUGAACGUUGCAGGUGUGUGUAAUGGCAUAUUAUGCAUUUGUAGUUACAGGGGCAUCGUUUUGUAUAACCCAACGUUAAGAGAGUUUUGGAAACUCCUUCCUAGCAAUCUCCCUCUUCUCGAUGACUUAUGUCCUAGUAAAAAGAUCAACUGCUGUGUGGACCUAGCCACCGGAAUCGGGUUUGACACUAACACUAAUGAUUAUAAGGUUGUUAGAAUCCUAGAUCCCAGUAAUGAAUUCGAGGAUUUUGAUAUUAACAGCAAGUUUAUUAGUAAGGUAGAAAUCUACAAUCUCAGCACAAAUUGUUGGAGAAGACUUAAGGAUCUGGAAUGCAUAAUAGAUUCCUUACAUUGUUCUCGUGUAUUAUUUAACAGAGCCUAUUACUGGCAUGGAUAUCUAAAUAUAGGUCAUAAUUGUAUUGUUUCAUUUGAUUUUAGCACAGAGUCAUUCCAAAAACAUGCAUAUCCUGAGGAUUUUGAUGGUAAUAGAAGUGAGAGUCUCUCCGUCUUGAACCAAAAUAUAGCUUUGAUUUAUUAUAGUGAGUUCUAUUCUCCGGAUUUGUUAGUUGAACAAUCUAUUGAUAUAUGGAUAAUGAAGAGAGAGUCCUGGGUAAUGGAAUUUACAGUUGGACCAAUGCUCAUAAAGAAACUUUUGUUGGUUUGGAAAAAUGGCACAGAACUAAUGAUAGAAAGCAAAGAAGGAAAACUUGUGUCUUGUAACUUCUUUUUCCAAUCGACCAAGGAACUUCAUAUGUCUGGUGUGCAAAACACACUGGAAGCUUUUGUUUGCAAACAGAGCUUGAUUUCCAUAAAGAAAGAAAGUGCCAAGUGGUCUUGA